CAUGACUUCCAUCGCCUCGCCUUCGAAGAUUGGCUAAUACCUGCAUUGAGACUGUAUCGUCUUCUCUCCCGGAAAAUCGAAGAGGCUUUUCAUUCAGGAAGACACUGUAGGCGGGAAAUAGUAUCAGCCGCUGUUGACUUGACCUUGUUUUCACCUUGUUUUCUGAAACGUCCAUUCUUAGGAUUUUCCGCUCGCGGGUGACGAUACUUAUAGUCUCGACACUACGUUGGUAGUACCAAAGAUUAUCUACGUAGCUUGCACCUAAUUGGUCCAUAACGGCCCGCUGUUCCCACGAUGCGGGGUAACCUGUCUCAUGAUGUCCUCGAGGAAGCUCGGACUGCUUCAUAAAUAACGGAAUCGCACUGUACCACGCCCUCAUGCUUCUUCCCUCCCACCAUGGAGGUCAUCCUCAGCCUGGCUCCGGUACCAUGUCUUGCGUACGCUUACACUUUGCUCAAGUUCAUAUGGACCACAAUCACCGCUUUGGACACUCUCAAGCAACAAACAGAAGCACUGGCGAGCACUACGGCGACGAUGCUGUCGGUGUUGGACCGGGAGCUCAAAGCUCGCAGAGUUAUUCCCGAGAAGAUAGUGGUCCAUCUGAGGGAGACAGAAAACGUUCUCAAAGACAUACUGGCGUUCGUGAGCAAAGUCAAGGAACAAGGAUUCUUGAAAAAUCUGUACCACAAGGAGGACUACGCUGCCGACAUCGACACCUUUCACAAACGGAUCUUGUCGCUUAUGCAUGUUUUCCAAAUCUCCUCCCUCGUGAAUGUCCAGGAAAUGCUAGCUCAUUUCAAAGCGUCUCGAAAAGCCGAUCGAGCAGCGCUCCUUGGCCGACUACGGAAGCUGGAAAACAACCAGAUGAUGCUUAUGGAGAUGAUAGGAGCCAACCACGAAAAUAUCAUGGCUAUGAUAAGUUCUCUUCAGCGACAGAUGACCAAUGGCGCUGGCGGCAAGCCCGAGCAACGAUUUUUUACCAGGACCCUUCGACAUUUGUCAACGAUCAAUAAGAAGUCGGUCAAGACCGAACCUUGGACGAUCACCUCAUACGACGUGGAGUUCGAGAAACAGAUUGAUGAGGGCGGCUUCGGAAAGGUGUACAAGGGAGUCUGGCACCGAAAGAUAGUAGCGAUCAAGGUUUUCAAGUCGGACGCUUCACCGAACACAGAGGGUAUUCACAAGGAGAUUGAGAUGUGGGCUUCUCUCCGACAUCCAAACAUCCUGCCAUUUCUGGGCGCAAAUAUCUUGGACGAUGCCCCCUUUGUCGUUACCCCGUACCUCCGUAACGGUAAUGCAAGAAAGUUUGUCGAAGCUCAACCCAACUGCGAUCGCCUGAAAAUGCUCACUGACAUUUCCCAUGGUCUCUUGUACCUGCAUUCGCGGAAAAUCGUCCAUGGGGACCUCAAGGCCGUAAAUGUCCUGAUAGACGAUGCGCGUACUGCCGUCCUCUGCGACUUUGGAUUAUCCCAAAUUCAAGAAGAUAUUAUGAGGCGCGCCAGUCUGCCGAACAUUGGGAGUCUCAAUUGGAUGAGUCCCGAGCGCCUGGCUGGGGAACCUCUCAGGUCCGCAGCUGAUAUAUAUUCCUUUAGCAUGACUAUCUAUGAAUUAUAUACUCUUCAAAUUCCCCUCGCCCAUUUAUCAGACGAGGACUUCCUUCCGAUGGUGGGGUACGGCGACGUUCGUCCUCAACGGCCAGAAUCCAACCUGAUUACCGAUGCGAUUUGGAGUGUCAUGGCACAAUGCUGGAUACGUAAUCCGACGAAGCGACCGACAGCCUAUCGCGUGUCUAUCAUGCUAGAGCAGUCGCACACCGCUCAGCCAAAACAUCGGUCAAGGCUCCAGAAACGAAUCUCCGGAGACAAGAAGGAGAUAAAGGAUCAUUCACGGCUCUACAAGCGAUUUUUUGGCGGAAAGGAAGUCACACCGACUACUACCAUGUACAGUAACGAUACAGACUAUGCAUUGGCGAUACCAUGGUGAAUGAAGAGAAUUCGGUCAUGUUUACGAUCUCAUUGUGAAGCUGAGCAUUCGGACAUUUCUCUCGCGGAAACUUCAUGAAUAACUCUGUACGAACAGUGAAAUAAAACGUUAAGAAGAGCCCGUUCCUACGAAAUCUGGAAAACAACCAGAUGGAGAGAAGUCUUGUUCUUGUGGUUCCGGAGUCCUGCAAUCAAACCAAGUAGCGAUAAUUAGAUUGAGAUGGGGUAUCUUGGAUAUCGUUGCAGAACGACGUUUUGGUCAGAGAGCUGGGCUUGUCUAGGGCUUAUCCCACGUGUCAAUAAUUGAG